AUGCGGUCCGCGGGCGCCUCGCGGUCCGCGCUCGGAGGCGGGGACAAGGAGAGCGUCGCUGCAGCCGCGCUUUUGAGUCUACAUGCGCUGGGCGUCCAGGAAGGCCCCGCCGUGCUAGAUCAUGAUGCGGGGUUUUCAAGGUUUGAACACUCACCUCCGCUGUCUCGGAUCACAACUGGUUGCCACUUGCCACUGAUGUCCGUUCGAUUUGUUUUUUCCGUCAGUCUUAGCAUUCUGUGUGUGUAGUUUUUUUUUCCUCAAUCCGUUCACACGGCGACCUCUGAGCCACCUGUUGCUUGUUCGUACAUCUGUUGCAAAUAGAUCCUCAUAUAUAGUGCGGAUAGGGUAACAGCAGCGUCUUGUCGCCUUCGUUUGGUGUCCCCCUUGUAAGUUCCUUUCAUCUCCGGUCUACUUCUGUAGUGAUUAAAAACUUCCCCCCCCGGCACCUCCCCCCCGGUGUUU